UCACAUUUUGGAUUGGACCAACCAAGUGGUCCAAGCCCAUACCAAUUGCUGCCCAACAGACAAUCCAUAUCGUACACUUGUACCCUCUGCCUGAUUUUCCUAUCCUAUCCAGCCUAGUUACCCAAGUGCCCAACCCAACAAAUCGAAAAUAACCUCCUAAAUCAUCUAAUCCAUCUCAAAACAUCGAAUCCAAUACUAUUAUAGCUUACGAUAAACAUUUCAUCAACACAUAAACCCAAAAAUCCGACAAUCGGUAAUAAUCCAUAAUCAUCGAGUCUAGAUCUAGCUACUUAUUUUGUUUUGGUUCCCCUGAUUUGGUAAAACUUAUUCUUGCACCUCCUAAUAUUUGUUCAAAUCGCACGAAAAAAAGCUACCCAAUUGAAAGAGAAGAACGAGAGGAAAAAAAAAAAAAAACACGAGAGAGAGCGUGGAGGUCCACUUCGUCGCAUUCCCCUUUCAUUUCGGUUGCACCUUAUAAUUUCUUCUUCUUUCUCUCGCGCUCAUUUUCUCUCUUCUUUUUUCUCUCUCCUAUUUUCCGAUCGAUUCAUCGUCUUCUUUGAUUUUCCGAUCAAAUUCAUCAUCGGAUUCACAUUGCCGGAUCAUUUGCAACGGUGUGCAAUUUCGAUUAAUUAUUAUGAGUGAUUGUUAGGUUAAAAGUAGUGAUAUAAUGGAGGAAGAGGAACUCAAACAUAUAGAUAUUUCUGAGGAGGACUUAGAUUUAGAUGGAAAUGGAGGUGGUUUAAUUGGAGGUGAAGAAGCACAGUCAUCGCCAUCUCUACUUAACUAUGAUAGUGUGUUCCGUCAGGAUCACGUGAGUCAUACAUCUGAUAGCUUUAUGGCAUUGAGUGUUGAAGAGGAGGGGUUUGAGCAAGUAGCUUUAAACGAUCAAGAGGAUAGUGACGGUGGACUUUGUGAUCGUGAGGAUUCAGGUGUGUCACUGGCUUCUGACAAUGUGGUAAGUACACCUGGUGGGGUGGAGAAAGCCGAGGAAGUAUUAGAUGGAAGUUUUGUAGAUAAUGUAGAGUUGAGACAAGAACUUGAUAGUUCAAGUGUUGGUCAUAUGAGAAGUUCCUCUUCUACUAAAAAUGAUGUAGAUACUGAAUCUGAAAACUCACCUAUUGUGUCGCAGCCAAAAUUAAGGCCGAAAGGUUCCAUGUCCACUGUGUCACCUGAGCUAUUGCAUCUGAUUGAUUCUGCCAUCAUGGGAAAGCCAGAAAGCUUGGAUAAACUUAAGAAUAUUGUCACUGGUGUUGAGGCUUUUAGUGAUGAGGAUAGUGAUGCAAUGUCUUUGCUGGUGAUUGAUUCACUUCUAGCUACGAUGGGCGGUGUUGAAAGUUUUGAAGAUGAUGAAGGUAAUAACCCCCCUAGUGUUAUGUUGAACUCUAGGGCUGCCAUUGUUGCAGGCGAGUUGAUACCUUGGCUUCCUUGUGCUGGUGAUAGUAUGGGUGUAAUGUCCCCUCGAACGCGGAUGGUUAGAGGAUUGUUGGCUAUACUACGGUCAUGCACAAGAAACAGAGCAAUGUGCUCGACAGCUGGUUUACUUGGUGUUCUUCUAAGAUCCGCUGAGAGAAUUUUUGUGUCAAAGGGUCAGUCUAUGGAGCAGGUUGAGUGGGAUGGUAUGCCUCUAUGCUAUUGUAUUCAGUAUUUGGCUGGUCAUUCUUUAAGUGUGGUUGAUUUGCAUAAGUGGCUUGAGGUUAUCACAAGGGCUCUUACUACUGUAUGGGCUCCUCAUUUAAUGCUUUCCCUGGAAAAGGCAAUCGGAGGAAAGGAAUCAAGAGGUCCUGCUAGCAUGUUUGAAUUUGAUGGUGAGAGCUCUGGUUUGCUUGGUCCUGGUGAAAGUCGUUGGCCAUUCACCAAUGGGUAUGCAUUUGCAACAUGGAUUUAUGUAGAGUCAUUUGCAGACACAGUAAAUACUGCAACUGCAGCUGCUGCCAUUGCUGCUGCUGCUGCUGCCACAGCUGGAAAAUCAUCGCCAAUGUCUGCUGCGGCUGCUGCAAGUGCACUUGCUGGUGAAGGCACUGCACACAUGCCAAGGCUUUUUAGUUUCUUAUCUGCUGAUAAUCAGGGUUUGGAGGCAUAUUUUCAUGCUCAGUUUUUGGUGGUUGAAUUUGGUACUGGCAGGGGAAAAAAGGCUUCACUGCAUUUUACUCAUGCUUUUAAGCCGCAAUGUUGGUAUUUCAUUGGUUUAGAGCAUACUUGCAAACAGGGUUUACUUGGCAAGGCAGAGAGUGAGCUGAGAUUGUACAUUGAUGGGUCUUUGUACGAAACUCGCCCUUUUGAGUAUCCUCGUGUUUCUAAGCCACUUGCAUUUUGUUGCAUUGGGACAAAUCCACCUCCUACAAUGGCAGGGUUACAACGUCGUCGUCGUCAGUGCCCCCUUUUCGCUGAAAUGGGACCUGUUUAUAUAUUUAAGGAACCAAUUGGACCUGAUAGAAUGGCUCGUCUGGCUACUAGGGGAGGUGAUGUGCUACCCUCUUUUGGCAGUGGGGUUGGGCUACCUUGGCUGGCAAUGAGUGACCAUGUACAAAACCUGGCAGAAGAAAGUUCGCUACUGGAUGCAGAGCUGGCUGGAUUGCUACAUCUUCUUUAUCACCCGAGGUUGCUCAAUGGACGAUAUUGUCCAGAUGCUUCUCCAAGUGGUGCUGCAGGUGCACUUCGCAGACCAGCUGAAGUGCUUGGACAAGUACAUGUUGCUUCGAGGAUACAGCCAGUGGAUGCAUUAUGGGCAUUGGCGUAUGGUGGUCCAAUGUCGUUGCUUCCUCUAACAGUUUGCAGUGUAAAUAAUGAUAGUUUGGAGCCUGAACCAGGGAACCUUACUUUAUCUUUGGCCACUGCUGCUCUAGCUGCUCCAAUAUUUAGAAUUAUUGCCAUGGCUAUGCAACACCCUAAAAACAAUGAAGAAAUAUGUCGUGCAAGAGGUCCUGAGGUUUUGUCUAGGAUCUUGAAUUAUCUUCUGCAGUCAUUGUCUUCAUCUGACGGUAAACAUCAUGAUGGCGUGGGAGAUGAGGAACUUGUUGCUGCUGUUGUUUCUCUAUGCCAAGCUCAGAAACAUAACCAUGCGCUCAAGGUGCAGCUUUUCAGUACGCUUUUACUGGAUCUUAGGAUUUGGAGCUUGUGCAACUAUGGACUGCAGAAAAAACUAUUGUCAUCUUUGGCUGAUAUGGUUUUUACUGAAUCGUCUGUAAUGCGGGAUGCCAAUGCUAUUCAAAUGCUUCUUGAUGCAUGCAGAAGAUGUUACUGGAUGACUCGCGAAAAGGACUCAGUCAAUACUUUUUCUCUAAAUGAGGAAACGCGUCCUAUUGGUGAAGUGAAUGCUUUGAUUGAUGAACUUCUAGUAGUAAUUGAACUUUUAAUGGUAGCAGCACCACCUACACUAGCUUUAGAGGACAUGCGUUGUUUGCUUUGUUUUCUAGUGGACUGUCCCCAGCCCAAUCAGGUUGCUAGGAUUUUGCACCUUAUCUAUAGGCUAGUGGUUCAACCAAAGGCAUCACGUGCUCAGACCUUUGCUGAUGCUUUUAUAUCAUGUGGUGGGGUGGAAACACUGCUUGUUCUUCUGCAGCAUGAAGCAAAGGCUGGUGAUCAGGAUAUGUUUGAAUAUCCUAUUGAAAACAAUGAGAAGGGCUCGUCCGUACGUGGGUCUGAAGUGGCUCAUGAUGAUGGAGUAUCAGAAAGUAGUGAUGGUAGAAAUAUUGAAUCAUUAGAAGAGAAGCAACUUGCAUCUUUGGGUGAGCCGGGAUCCGAGUCCCUUAGCAGUAAAAAUGGGGUGGAUGUUGAAUUACAGAACACUACUGGGGAACUAUCUACACGAAGGUCUGUGGAGAGAAUGGCAUCUGCUUCAGAAAUUUUUUUUGCCAAAAAUGUGGGUGGAAUUAAUCUAUCAAUCAGCGCUGAUAAUGCCAGGAAUAAUGCUUAUAAUUUUGACAAAAUCGAUGGUGUUGUUGUUGGAAUCAUCAAACUUCUAGGUACUUUGGUUGCAUCAGGACAUGUAAAAUUUAAUUCCAAUACCCCAUCGUCAGCUGUUACCGGCAGUUCUGGAUUGCCUGAUACAGGUGGCUCUAUGUUUGAUGAUAAGGUUUCUCUUUUACUUUUUGCUCUGCAAAAGGCUUUCCAGGCAGCCCCAAGAAGACUUAUGACUGCUAAUGUGUACACAGCUUUACUGGCAGCCUCAAUAAAUGCUACUUCGACUGAAGAUGGUUUGAACUUGUAUGAUUCUGGACAUCAAUUUGAACAUUUACAGCUUUUGCUGGUUCUCUUAAGGUCACUUCCCUAUGCAUCUACAUCAUUGCAAUGUCGAGUGCUCCAGGAUCUUCUGUUUUUGGCUUGCAGUCAUCCAGAUAACCGGAGCUUUCUAACUCAAAUGGAGGAAUGGCCUGAGUGGCUUUUGGAGGUUCUCAUAUCAAACUAUGAGAGAGCUUCAGCGAAAAGCUUGAAUUCUUCAAGUUUGGGAGAUGUAGAAGAUCUUAUACACAGUUUCAUGAUCAUCAUGUUAGAACAUUCAAUGCGGCAAAAGGAUGGAUGGAAGGAUAUUGAAGCGACAAUUCAUUGUGCAGAGUGGCUCUCUAUGGUAGGUGGAUCUAGCUCUGGAGAUCAACGUAUAAGACGUGAGGAAUCAUUGCCUAUAUUCAAAAGAAGACUACUGGGUAGCUUGCUGGACUUCUCUGCUAGGGAACUUCAGGUUCAGACUCAAGUCAUUGCUGCUGCGGCAGCCGGCAUCGCUGCUGAAUUUUCCACACCAAAAAAUGCUAAGGUGGAAGCUGAGAAUGCUGCUCAGCUUUCAGUGGCAUUGGUAGAGAAUGCCAUUGUUAUUUUGAUGCUAGUUGAGGAUCAUUUACGUUUGCAGAGCAAAAUAUGGUGUGCUCGUCAUAAUGCUAGUGGCGCUGUGCCCCCCCUUUCAUCAGCUAGUCAAUCACAUUCAUCAACUGUGGCUGCUGGAGAACAGAAGGAUGUUUUGGGUGACCGUAAAUCAUGGUCUGGUGACACUGGAGGACUACCCCUCGAUAUCCUUACUUCAAUGGCUGAUGUAAAUGGGCAAGUAUCUGCGGCUGUUAUGGAAAGACUAACUGCUGCAGCUGCAGCUGAACCUUAUGAAUCUGUCUCUUGUGCUUUUGUGUCUUAUGGAAGUUGUGCAAAAGAUUUGGCAGAGGGAUGGAUGUUCAGGAGCCGGCUUUGGUAUGGUGUUGGUGUUCCUUCCAAGUCAACUGCAUUUGGUGGUGGUGGCAGUGGUUGGGAGUCUUGGAACUCUGUUUUAGAAAAGGAUGAAAAUGGUUGCUGGAUUGAGCUUGCUUUGAUAAAAAAAUCUGUUACGAUGCUGCAAGCUCUGUUGCUAGAUGAAUCGGGACUUGGUGGUGGUCUUGGCAUCGGCGGAGGAUCUGGUACAGGAAUGGGAGGAAUGGCAGCUCUUUACCAGUUGCUGGAUAGCGAUCAACCAUUCCUAUGCAUGCUUCGGAUGGUGCUUGUUUCCAUGAGGGAAGAAGACACUGGUGAUGAAAGUAUGCUUAUGAGAAAUUUGAAUUUUGAAGAUGCAUCAUCAGACAUGAUACAUAGACACGCUGGGAACAUGACCAUGGAUUAUAACUCUAGAUUGUCUACUAGAAAACCUAGAUCUGCAUUGUUAUGGAGUGUGCUUUCACCUGUUCUAAAUAUGCCCAUAUCUGAGUCCAAAAGGCAGAGGGUAUUGGUUGCAUCCUGCGUCCUGUAUUCUGAGAUGUGGCAUGCCGUUGGAAAGGAUAGAAAUCCUCUGCGCAAACAAUACCUGGAGGCUAUAAUACCUCCAUUUGUUGCAAUUCUGCGGCGGUGGCGGCCAUUAUUAGCUGGAAUCCAUGAACUUGCGACUGCAGAUGGUCUCAAUCCUCUUGUUGCUGAUGACCGAGCAUUGGCUGCAGAUGCUCUUCCUAUAGAUGGAGCUCUUGCCAUGGUAUCUCCAGCCUGGGCUGCUGCAUUUGCAUCUCCACCUGCUGCAAUGGCAUUGGCUAUGAUUGCAGCUGGUGCUUCUGGAGGGGAUGUUCCUACACGUGCAUCAACAACACAGCUUAAGCGUGAUGUGUCGUUGCUUGAGCGAAAAGCAGCUAAGCUACAAACAUUUUCAAGUUUUCAGAGGCCACCAGAAACUCCGAGUAGAUCUCCAGCUGCUCUUAAGGAUAAAGCAGCUGCAAAGGCUGCUGCCUUAGCUGCGGCCCGUGACCUGGAGCGUAAUGCAAAAAUUGGUUCAGGCAGGGGCCUAAGUGCUGUUGCGAUGGCUACUUCUGGUCAGCGAAGAAAUGCAAGUGACAUGGGACGUGUUAAGAGAUGGACUCUUUCAGAGGCCAUGGGAACAGCUUGGAGGGAGUGCUUGCAGCCAGUUGAUACUAAAUCAGUUUAUGGCAAAGACUUUAACGCUUUUUCCUACAAAUAUAUUGCAGUACUUGUUGCAAGUCUUGCUUUGGCUAGAAACAUCCAGCGAUCUGAGAUUGACAGAAGGUCUCAAGUAGAUAUGUUGGCGCGCCACCGUCAAGCUACUGGAAGUCGUGCUUGGAGGAAACUCAUUUAUUAUUUGACAGAGAUGAAGUGUCUCUUUGGGCCAUUUGGUGACCAUCUAUGCAAUCCUGAAUGUGUUUUCUGGAAGCUAGACCUCAUGGAAAGCUCCUCAAGGAUGAGGAUGUGUUUAAGGAGAAAUUACAGAGGCUCAUCACAUGUUGGUGCUGCAGCUGAUUAUGAAGAUAACGAUGCUUCUAAACAAGAUCAACCGAGGGACAUAAGUGCAACAAAUGCUUCUGCCUUGGCAGCUGAAGCAAUUUCCGCUGAUGCAUUAAAUGAAGAUGGUGAGCAUGCUGAUGUCAAUAAUAGGAUGAGUAUUGACUUUGAUGGGGAGCAGCAUGAGGAAAAUCAUUCAAGGCAGUCCGUUGGACAGGAAUCACGAAUGCAAGUGUCAUCAGAUGCUAAUGAUGCUCCAACUACCAGUGGCCAAGGCAUGACAGAGGAUACAUCAGCAGUUGCUCCUGGGUAUCUUCCUAGUGAGCUUGAUGAGAGAAUUAUGCUUGAACUUCCUUGCUCGAUGGUGAGGCCGCUGAGGGUUGUACGAGGAACCUUUCAAAUAACUACAAAAAGAAUUAACUUUAUAGCCGAUAAUAGCGAGACCAGUUCGUCAGGGAUUGAACUGGAUCAUAGUUCAGAAAAUAGAGAUCAAGAAAAGAAUCGUUGCUGGUUAAUAUCUUCCCUUCAUCAAAUCUAUAGCAGAAGAUAUCUUCUGAGAAGAAGUGCACUGGAGCUUUUUAUGCUUGAUCGCUUUAACUACUUUUUUGAUUUUGGGACUAGUGAAGGUAGAAGAGCUGCGUAUCGAGCUAUUGUGAAUGCACGCCCUCCUCAUUUGAACAACAUAUAUCUAGCGACUCAGAGACCCGAUCAGCUUUUGAAAAGAACUCAACUGAUGGAGCGUUGGGCUAGAUGGGAGAUCAGUAACUUUGAAUACCUAAUGCAACUCAACACACUGGCUGGGCGUAGUUAUAAUGAUAUUACUCAGUAUCCAGUAUUUCCUUGGAUUUUGUCUGAUUAUACUUCACAGAAUCUGGAUCUUUCUAAUCUUUCUUCUUAUCGAGACCUUUCAAAGCCUGUUGGUGCUCUAAAUCCUGAACGCCUACAAAAAUUCCAGGAGCGGUAUUCCAGUUUUGAUGAUCCUGUAAUCCCAAAGUUCCAUUAUGGCUCACAUUAUUCAAGUGCUGGAACAGUGCUGUAUUAUCUUGUUCGACUGGAGCCUUUCACCACUCUCUCUAUUCAACUACAAGGUGGUAAAUUUGACCAUGCAGACAGGAUGUUUGCUGAUAUUGCUGCUACUUGGGAGAGUGUUCUUGAAGAGAUGAGUGAUGUGAAGGAAUUGGUUCCGGAGCUGUUUUACCUUCCUGAAACAUUGAUUAAUGAGAAUUCCAUUGAUUUUGGUACCACACAACUUGGUCAAAAGCUAGAUUCAGUUAAGCUUCCUGCUUGGGCUAAAGAUCCUGUUGAUUUUAUUCAUAAGCAUAGGAUGGCUCUUGAGAGUGAGUAUGUUUCUGCUCAUCUACAUGAGUGGAUUGACCUCAUAUUUGGGUAUAAACAACGGGGGAGGGAGGCUAUAACAGCCAACAAUGUUUUCUUUUAUAUAACCUAUGAAGGAACAGUUGAUAUUGACAAAAUUGCCGACCCUGUACAUCAACGUGCCACACAGGAUCAGAUUGCUUAUUUUGGGCAAACCCCAUCUCAGCUUUUGACUGUUCCCCACAUAAAAAGAAUGUCGCUCUCAGAGGUGCUUCAGUUGCAGACAAUUUUUCGGAAUCCAAAAGAACUCAAACCAUAUGCUGUUCCAAUGCCUGAACGCUGCAAUUUACCUGCUUCUGCAAUGCAUGCUUCCUCGGAUUCUGUUAUCAUUGUUGAUAUAAAUGCUCCAGCUGCAUUUGUGGCACAACACAAGUGGCAGCCAAAUACACCUGAUGGCCAGGGUGCACCUUUUCUUUUCCAUCAUGGGAAAGCCACUGCCAGCUCUUCUGGUGGAGGUUUGAUGCGAAUGUUUAAAGGGCAAGCUGGAGCUGUUUCUGAAGAUUGGCAUUUUCCUCAAGCAUUGGCAUUUCCUACUUCAGGAAUCAGAAGCUCGGCUAUAGUUGCUAUAACCAGUGAUAAAGAAAUUAUAACUGGUGGGCAUGUUGAUAACAGUAUCAGAAUAAUAUCAGCAGAUGGGGCAAAGACCCUUGAGAUGGCCAUAGGGCACUGUGCUCCUGUGACAUGCUUGGGUCUAUCAUCUGAUAGCAAUUACCUUGUGACUGGGUCUCGAGAUACUACCGUAUUGCUUUGGAGGAUACAUCGUACAGCUACAUCUCAUUCUUCCAGUAUUUCAGAAUCCUCCACUGCUUCUGGUACAUCUUCAAACAGCAGUAAUGUUUCGGCAAGUAUCUUAAUAGACAAAAGCAGGAAGCGGCGAAUUGAAGGACCCAUACAUGUCUUGCGGGGUCACCUUUCUGAAGUUAUAUGCUGUUGUGUUAGCUCAGAUCUUGGAGUUGUUGUUUCUUGCUCUGAAUCACCAGAUAUUCUGCUGCAUUCUAUUCGAAGGGGCCGUUUGCUCAGAAGAAUAGAUGGUGGGAAGGCUCAUUCUGUCUGCCUUUCAUCUAAUGGCAUCAUAAUGGCUUGGAAUCAAUCUCUUCACAUGCUCAGCACCUUCACUUUGAAUGGUAUUGUUGUUGCUAGAGUGAAGCUUCCCUUUUCUGGAAGCAUAAGCUGCAUGGAAAUUUCUUUUGAUGGACAGACUGCUUUGGUUGGGGUGAACUGCUCUCAGAAGGAAGGAUCUCUUGACAGCAGCAGGUCUUGGAAGUCAAAGCAACUGGAAACUGAAGCCCUUUCCUCGGGAUUGGAUGAGAAACAGGAAGAUUGUAUGUUGGAUAUAGCAUUACCUUCAAUUUGCUUUCUCGAUCUAUAUACCUUAAAGGUUGUACAUACAUUGAAUCUUAAAGCUGGGCAGGAUAUAACAGCCAUAGCUUUGAACAAGGACAACACUAAUCUUCUGGUCUCCACGAUGGAUAGGCAAUUGAUAAUAUUCACGGACCCAGCUUUGAGCUUAAAAGUGGUGGAUCAAAUGCUGAAGCUCGGUUGGGAAGGCGAUGGACUUAGCCCUCUCAUAAAAUGAUUGGGCCAUGUAUUGUUUGAAACUAAAAUAUUGAAAGUCUUUGUGGAAGAGGUAAACAGGAGUUAUAUCCUUGUAAUCUGACUGCCAAAUUGUUCAGACUUCAGAUGCUGUUUUUGUAUUUCUCAUCUGACAAUGACAAUUUGGUUUGUAUUGUAUGUAAUCAUCUUCAUGUAUUUAUGUAUCAACACGAGGUUACGAAAAUAGGUUUGAUAAAGGCUAGUUUAGGUACAUUUUUGACUUGAAUGAGUUGUAAAUUCUUCGGUAUUCAUACAGGUUAGGCUGUAAAACCCUCUGUUCAGUUAAACAAGAAUACAAAUAUACGGUUGCCAGUUCCUUUUACAUAAUAAAAUCUGGAGUUGCCUUAUUCUUUUGA